AUGGAUAAUAGAAAAAUUUAUAAAAAUUAUAAAGAUAAUUUAAAAUCAAAUAUAAAUGAAAAUAGCAAACCAUAUUCAUUAACUUCAAAAUUGAAACAUAUAUUAAAGAAACCAUGGAAUAAUUCAAAUUCAUCAGAUAGAAAUAUCAACAGCAAUAGUUCCAAUGAUGCAAAAAACAAUACCAAACCAUUUAAAUUCUCAGAACCAAAAAUAGUUUCAAAUCCAAGUUUUCAAAAAUUAUCAAAUAUAAAAGAAUAUAAAUUACCAGGUUCAUUUUAUGAGAAUUUACCAAUAGCUUCUACUACAAUAUCAAAAGAUGUGCAGACACCCAAUACAACAAUUAUUCGUUUAAAUGAUGUACCAAAUGAGGAAGAAGAAGAAAAUCCAAAUGACAUACUAUCAGAUUUUUUCAAAAGAAAAGGAAGUAAUAAAUUGACUGAUGUUGAAUAUGAGGGAGUUAUGUCAUUAAUAUCAAAAUCUAAAUCUGGAACACCUUAUAAGAGGGGAAUACUCGAUGUCGAUCAAGAUACUUUGGGUAAUGAUAGAAAAAGAAGACAAAUAAGCCACUCAUCAUUCAUACAUGGAAAUGAUACAACCAUACUAGAGUCAGAACCAUAUAAGCAAAAAACUUUAAAAUCUAAUGGGAAUAUUACUAUAAGCUAUCCUGAAAGUAAAUUCAAUUAUUCAACAGUAAACAGUACAUUUGAUAAAUCAUAUCAGAAUAUAAAUAAUACAACUAUGGGUAGAAAUACAUCAGCAUCUGGUAGAAGUAUGUACUUACACAGAAGACCAGCCCCUUAUAAAAGUAGAAUGAGAGGUCCUAUAUACACCAAAAAAACUGAACAAAACAAAGAUGAUGCAAACAAAACCACUAUAAAUAAUACCCUACUUUCACAAAGUCAACUUAAGCUUAACACUACCAGCAAUGAUAAUGUCAAAGAAACACCCAGUAGUAAAACUGCACAAUUUUUACUUAGUAUAUUGGAUGGUAACAAAAAUGACAAAGAUAAAGAUGAUUUGAAUGGAAAUGUCAAACCAACAACUAAUUUAUUUACAAAUCCAUAUGAAUCUUCACGUACGAAAAAGAAAGAAAAAUCAAUCGUAACUCAAAUCAGCUCAAAAGAUUCAACAAAGUCUACCGCAACUGAAAAUGGGACCAAAUCAAAUCUGAACUUUUUAUUCAACAAACCUCAACAAAAAUCAAAUGAAGAGGGAUUUUUGGAAAAACCAAAACAAGUAAAUGGGUCAGUUGAAGAGAAUAAGGAUAUAUCAAUAUCUACACUGACCAACUCAAUACCAAAAUCAACCACAUUCAAUUUCGGUACCUCUACCAAUUCAACUUCAAAUUUAAACAACACCCCAAAAACGAACUUUAACUUUGGUUCCCUAAAAACAUCAAAAGAAGAAUCAACACAACCAAAAUUUAAUUUCAAUCCCAUUCCAAAUUCAACCACAAAUUCAAAUGGUUCUAAAACAACUAAUGGAGAAGUAAAUGGAGAUCAAUUAACAACAACUACAACUACUAAAAAAGUAGACUUUCAAUUCCCAACUACUGAUUUAGUUCAUGUUGAAUUAGAUAAUGCAGAAGUAAACAAAUAUAAAUCUUUAUAUAGCUUUUAA